UUUUUCUCAGCUUUAUGUCGUGUAACGGAGUCUCUGGUUGGAGUAUUUUUAUCAGUCCACUUUUAUUGGAUGUUUUAUUUUGUUUUAUAUUAGAUAAGGACACACACCGAGAGAGAGAGAUUUAUUUAUUUAUCCGUUUGAUAAACGGUAACAGUGAUGAGUUAAUGGUAUCGUUGCAACUCAGCAUUUUUACGCCUGAAGAAGAGGCUGCUGCUGCUGCUGAGAAAAACAAACAAAACAAAACUGGACCUAAGUGAUAAUUUUUAUCCGAUAUUAUUAAUACAAGAUGGUUGGGGAUGACUACUAGGUAUUGUAUUUUUAAAAAAUGGAUCUCUAAAAUGGCUUUAUUAAUGUAUUAAACAACAACAACACCACGGCUUAUAAGCACUAUUUGUUUGUUCAUUUGCUUCACUCCUUUAACUGGCAAGUAGUGACGUGUAGUUUCUACUUCUCCGUUUGUGGGUUGUUCAAACCAGGAAGAACAGAGCAACAUAGCUGUUUUGGAGUUUUUGGGGGAUGGUUAAAUAUCUAAAAUGAGAUUUUAGCUAUAUACUAGUCUACUCAACUCUUGGGAAUAUUCUGUUUGUUUCGUGUAUCAGCUGUUAAUGAUUUCUGCUGAAGAGAAGAUGCAAACUGACCCUACAACAUGACUAGCCGGGGUGUCACUACUGUACAUUAAUAGACCUCAGUUAAGACUAAAAGAUGUCCCCUUGAGAGGAAGCCAAGUUUAAAGCUCACCUCAUUCACUAGGCAUUGCUCAGUACUGUGUGACUUGAGUGAGUGGGAGAGUCCAAACUGUCCCUGCCAUCUGAACUACUCCAGAGGACAUUGAUCCAUCGUACAGCUUCACUUUCAAUCAUGCGCCUGUCCCCUUUCCUUGCCGUCUUCCGGCCAGCCCUGCCUCUCAUCCUGGGCCUGUCUUUGGGCUGCAGUCUCAGCCUGCUUAUGGUGUCCUGGACGCAAGGGGACACGGACGAGGUCUGCAGUGAACAGCUGCGUCUUGGACUUCUUCAGGUCAGAGAACCCCAGAGACCGGACGGCGGGGACAGGAAUGAGGAUUUCCAACCUCGCAUUGUACCCUAUCAAAAGGAUCCCAGCAAGCCACAUAAGAAAGUGCUCAGGACCCGUUAUAUCCACACAGAACUUGGCAUGCGUGAGCGCCUCCUGGUGGGCAUCCUGACCUCGCGUGCCACCCUUAACACGCUGGCCGUGGCGGUGAACCGUACCGUUGCCCAUCGCUUCCAUCGCACCUUUUUCUUCACCGGCCUCCGCAGCACCAAGCUGCCCCACGGCAUGACUGUGAUCACUCAUGGAGAUGACCGACCCGUCUGGCUCAUGUAUGAAACCAUCCGUCACUUGCAUCAGCACCAUGGCAACGAAUAUGACUGGUUUUAUCUGGCCCAGGACGACACAUACACACAGGCGGAGCGCAUCAUGAACCUAGUGGGACAUUUGAGUGCGGGGCAGGAUCUCUACAUGGGCCGGGCAGAAGAGUUUAUCGGCGGUGAAGAGCGGGCUCGCUACUGCCACGGCGGGUAUGGCUAUUUGUUGUCGCGGAGCCUGCUGGCCCGGCUACAGCCGCACCUCGAUGCUUGCCGCAAUGACAUCCUCAGCGUCAGGCCUGACGAGUGGCUGGGCCGCUGCAUUAUCGACUACCUGGGACUGAGCUGCAUGGAAAAGCAUCAGGAGAUGACCUACUAUUACUUUGAGCUGCAGAAAAACGCAGACCCUGAGCGUGAGGACAGCAUCCAGUUCAAGAACGCCUUCACCGUGCACCCAAUUUCAGAGCCAGCGCUCAUGUAUCGCUUACAUAAACGCUACAGCCAGAUUGAACUGGACUGGACCUACGCCCAAAUACAGCAGCUACAGGUUCAAAUUAACAAUCUGAGUGAGCUCACUCCAGAAGGCAAAGCAGGAGCCACCUGGCCCAUUGGGGUCAACCCGCCUUUCCGUCCCAAGACGCGAUUUGAAGUAAUCAACUGGGAAUAUUUCACAGAAGAGCACAUCUACUCCUGCGCAGACAGCUCCCCGAAGUGCGAGCUCCGUGGAGCCGACCGUGCAGACGUUAACUCCAUUUUGGAGACUGCCAUAGAGCGUUUAAACGAACGCUAUCAACCACAGCUGCGUUUCCGGAAGCAGCGUUUGUUGAAUGGCUACCGCCGCUUUGACCCCACACGCGGUAUGGAGUAUAUACUGGACCUGGCCCUACAGGCCUUCACACAGAAAGGCCACAGUCAGGUGAUUGCCAAGCGUGUGGCCUUGCUAAGGCCGCUCAGCGCCAUCGAGAUCAUUCCGAUGCCCUAUGUGACUGAAGCAACGAGAGUGCAGGUCAUCCUUCCAGUGACCGCACGGGAUCAGGACUUUGUGGGCAACUUUUUGGACACGUAUGUGAUGAACACUUUGGACACACGGGACAAUGCCCUACUGACAUUCCUUUUUGUGUAUGACCCCUUUGAUGCGCAGAGGGUCAGCCAGACAGAUGUCUUUGCCAGCGUGAAAUCUAUGAUCAGUGAGGUGGAGAAGCGCUACAGCGACGUCAAGAUCCCAUGGAUCAGCGUCAAAACAGAGGUUCCCUCACAGGUCAAGCUGAUGGAUAUCAUCUCCAAGAAGCAUCCAGUGGACACGCUUUUCUUCCUAGCAAGCGUCUGGACCGAGGUCACUGGUGACUUCCUGAACCGUUGCCGCAUGAACGCCAUCAGUAACUGGCAGGUCUUCUUCCCUGUUCAUUUCCAAGAGUACAGCCCAGCUCUGGUGUACCACGACCAGCAACCUUCUGCAGCGUCGUCGUUUUCUUCAGAGGCACUCCGAGAUGGCCGCUUUGACCGCUAUGCAUUUGAAGAGGCCUGUUUUUAUAAUGCAGAUUACAUGGCCACUCGUACCAAGAUGGCCAGUGACAUCAUGGACAACGAUGAGUUGCUGGAGAGCAUGGAUGUUUACGAGAUUUUUGUACGCUACUCAAACUUGCAUGUCUUCCGGGCCGUGGAGCCAGCUCUGAUCCAGAAAUAUGUACGGCGAGCAUGUAACCCACGGUUCAGUGAAGACAUCUACCAUCGCUGUGUGCUGAGCAAUUUAGAGGGGCUGGCCUCACGAUCACACUUAGCGAUGGCUCUGUUUGAACAAGAGCAGGCAAACAGCACCUAGGACAGGUGGCUGGACAGGGAGGUAGACCUGCCAACGGGGAGCCUCAUGUACCAAUGUAACUGGCCUUACUGGAAACUGUGAAAACCAGACUUUAGUUCGAUGACGAACUUGUUGAACGUAAGUCUGAGAAUAUAGAAUGUGAGACUGUUUCAGUAAGCAAAUCUACUUAAAGCAACAUCACUGAUUAAAUCUGUCUUAUUCAGUAAA